UUUUCGAUUCGCUUGGUGUGGAUUGGAAGAUCCCAGUCGGAUUAAUUCGGUCAAUCGAGCAAGACCUAUUCAGAUGCCGGAUUGGAAGAGACCUUGGGGUUGCAUCGCACUCUGUGUGCUGUUGUGCGGACUCCGAGUGAGUGGGCAGUGGGUGUUUCCCACCCCAAAUCCGGAACCGAGCCCAGUGCCGGAACCAAGCAGGUGGGACUUCAACAACUAUAACGGCUACGGUUACAACGGCCAGUGGGCGCCGGGCUACUUUAAUAACUACGGCUAUUAUAGACCGCCGCCACCACCACGACCCCCACCAUGUGGAAGACCACCGCCUGGGCCGCCGCCACCGGGUCCGCCUCCUCGUGGUCCUCCACCCGGCUGCCCCGGAGGUCCAGGAGGACCAACUCCACCUGCGCCGCCACAUCACCAAUGGGAACCACAUCGUCCGCCACCCAAUCAUCAUCGCAACUUCCACAACAUCUUCCUGAACACCGAAAGCAAAGUGGAUAGGAAGAACUACAACAAGACCGCCGAGACGGAGGAUUUGCACGACGACUUCAAUGGACGAUCCAUUGUGGCACCUGGACAGUAUCCGCACAUGGCCGCUCUUGGAUUCCGGAACGAGAACCGGGAGAUCGACUACAAAUGUGGGGGAAGCCUCAUCAGCGAAGACUUCGUGCUCACAGCUGCGCAUUGCUUGACUACUCAUGGAACCUCGCCCGACGUCGUGAAAAUCGGAGACAUCAAACUGAAGGAGUGGGAGGACAACGUGGAACCCCAAAUACGACGUGUGGCCCAGAUUUAUCUGCACCCACUUUACAAUUCGAGUCUCAACUACCAUGACAUCGGGCUCAUCAAGUUGAAUUCUCCGGUGGAAUACACCUGGUUUGUGAAGCCAGUUCGCCUGUGGCCCCAAAACGACAUCCCAUACGGCAAGCUGCACACCAUGGGCUAUGGAUCGACGGGAUUCGCCCAGCCCCAGACCAACAUACUCACGGAACUGGAUCUCUCGGUGGUGCCCAUCGAACAGUGCAACUCCAGUCUGCCCUCCGAUGAAGGUGCUCCCCAGGGUUUGCUCACCAGUCAGAUAUGCGCCCAUGACUACGAGAAAAAUCGCGAUACUUGCCAGGGCGAUUCUGGAGGACCGCUUCAACUGAACUUGGAGCGGCGGCGUCGACGGCACAGAAGUCAAAGACUUUACCGCUACUACCUAGUGGGCAUCACUUCCUAUGGAGCCUAUUGUCGCAGCGAGCUGCCAGGUGUUUAUACGCGCGUGUCAUCCUAUAUCGAUUGGAUAGCAUCUAUAGUGUGGCCUAGUUAUUAUAGCGAAUUUACUGAGCAAUAGAAAACAGUGUGUAAUAUGUAAAAAUCAAAAAGUAAAAAAA